AUGGCGCAAGUUAUUUCUCGACAAAGACGGGGUGUUAAGGAGGAAAAGUGGCUUAUGCCAGCAGAUCGUACUUCCGAGAUAGUAUCAUCAGAUGGUCUUGAAAGAGCUCCACAAUAAUAUGGGCCAUCUAGGGUCAGAACGCGUUCUUCACCUAGCUAGAGACCGAUUUUACUGGCUCAAAAUGCAGCGCGACGUCGAGCACUACGUAAAGCACGUAUGCCAGUGCCUUAAACAGAAACCCACACGACUGAAAACAAAGGCUCCACUCUAACCAAUCAUUACGUCUUCACCCUUUGAGUUAGUAUCUGUUGAUUUCCUCCAUCUCGAACGGUCAAGCGGUGGUAUGAAUAUAUUCUAGUGAUUGUAGAUCAUUUUACACACUUGGCACAAGCUUACCCAACCCGCAACAAAACGGCGCAAACUGUUUCUAACGAGUACAUCCCUCGUUUCGGGUUUCCCGCCAAAAUACACCACGACCAAAGCGGGAAGUUUGAGAAUCGGCUCCUUGGAAGACUCGAGCAACUCUGCGGCGUUGGUCACUCACGUACCACCACUCCAUACCACCACCAGGGGAAUGGCCAAGUAGAGCGCUUCAAUCGAACAUUGCUAGACAUGCUCCGCACCCUUCCCGAAAAUGCGAAAUCACACUGGAAGGACCAUGUCAACAAAGUCGUACAUGCUUACAACUGCACCAAAAACGACACGACGGGUUAUUUACCAUUUUUCCUGCUUUUCAGACGGAAACCGCGACUACCACUAGACCUGAUAUUUAAUAGCAGGACGAAGACAAACGAACAGGAACACUCGAAAUACGUUGAGAAAUGGAAAACGUCCAUGAAAGAAGCCUACGAGCUUGCUACCAAGAAGAUUCGGGAUAAAGGAUUGAAGGCAAAGAAAUCGUACGAUCGCUGGAUGCGUAGCACGGUCCUCCUACCCGGAGAUAGAGUGUUGGAACGAAACCUAAGUGAACGUGGUGGCCCAGGUAAACUUAGGUCCUUCUGGGAGAGAGAUGUACAUGUCGUGAUUAAACGGGAAGGAUCGGACAGUCCUGUUUAUGAAGUCCAAUGUGAAAGCAACAGCAGAAAGACUAGGGUUCUCCACCGAAACCUCCUUCUCCCAUGCGAUUACCUAUCUGUUGAGGAUGAAAAUCUUGCUGUUACCCUCGCAAACGACGAGGGCAAAGGCCAGAACCCACUGCCCUGUGCGAAAGUAACGAGUCUUCCAGUGACGAAGAGAUCGACGAUUUGGUAG